UUCCAACUUCAGCUGCAGACGAACAAAUCCUCCAUAGCCAAAACAGAGCAGCUGCUUCUUCUUCUUUUUCGGUUCCUUCUGGGCUUGGCUUGUCUCGUGGAGGAAUUGGCUUGUCUCCUCUGCUGAGUGAUCUCUCGGGUCGAAAAAGCAGUUUGAAGCGUACCACCGAGAGGAGGAGCUGGGGAAGGUCUUCAAGGGAUUGAUGGGGUCCUGUAUAUGCCCGGUGGAGACUCCGGCGAGGUUGCUCUGGACAACGAGCUUCUUCCGCCACAAGCUCAGGCUCUUCUAACAACUUCACCCUCCUCACCAUCCUAAUUCUCUCACCCGUUUCACUUAACCAGCCUCAUCCGCCAUAGAAACAAGCCGACGUAAUGAAAAGGAGUAGCAUGGAGCCGGGGAGCAUCGUCUUUGAUGCUUCCGCUUGUCAGGGAAACAUGCUCUUCCUGGGGAACGGAGAUUCUCUCUUCCGAGGAGGAAGAUCGGUCGUGGCUUCGGAUGAAUCCUCAAAUAGGAGGCCAUUUUUCGGAUCACCGGAGGAGAUGUUCGGCGAUGAGUAUUACGAUGAUCAGUCACCAGAGAAAAAGCGCCGCCUCUCCGCCGAACAGGUAUAUCUCCUGGAGACUGCUUUCGAGGCUGAGAAUAAACUCGAACCCGACAGGAAGACAGAGCUUUCAAAGAUGCUGGCGUUGCCGCCGAGGCAGGUCGCCAUAUGGUUCCAGAACCGUCGUGCACGAUGGAAGACAAAGCAGCUCGAACGAAACUAUGAUCACCUUAAGUCGUUGUACAGUUCCCUACUUAUAGAUUACGACUCCGUUGUUAAAGAUAAUGAGAAGCUGAGAUCCGAGGUGACAUCCUUGAAUGAGAAGCUUCAUGGCAUGAGAUUUCGUUUCGCAGGGCAAGGUCCCUGCGUCGCUCCAAUAGAUGAAACGCCAUUAAAGGCUGAGGAGGGACUCAACACUGGGAGCGGUAGGAGCUCCGUGGUCGAUGAGGAGUGUCCGUGGCACAUCAACAGUUCGAGGUUGUACUUUCUUGGCGAUGGUGGUCUGAUGGACGUGGUUAAAUCGGAGGAGUACGAUUCGGGUGUCGAUGAUCAGAGCCACUUCUGUAACAUGUUUGGUGAGCUACCUAUGGGCUGGUGGGCCUGGCCUUAAUCUGAUGAUGAUCAGACAACAUAGUAAAUUAGUAAAUUGAUUAAGCCAGCAUAUAUUGUGUGUGCGCGUGCGCGCGCGUGUAUUAUAUACGUUCUACUAUUACUGAUGAGACUCAGGGAAAAAUUAGUGAAUGUAUGCACAGCGCUAAAUUAAGAUGAAUAAAUUGUGAUUAAAUAAAUAAAGAAAAAAGAAUUAUGUAGCUUGAGGUGA